AUCUGGUGGGCAGACUGGCGUUGAUAGAGGCGCAUUAGAUGUUGCCAGAGAUUUUAAUAAACUUGAAAUAAAUAAAUAUAAUACAACUAUUAAUUUUUCUGGAUGGUGUCCAAAAGGUAGAAAAGCAGAAGAUGGACAAAUUCCAAUGGAAUAUCCUCUUAAGGAAACUGAAACAGAACAAUAUUCUGAAAGAACGGAAUUAAAUGUUAAAGAUUCAGAAGCAACUUUAAUUUUGCUUUUAGAAAAAAAUGAAAUUGAUAGAGGAACACAGUAUACAAUAGACAAGGUUAAAGAAUUUGAAAAACCAUAUAUAAUAGUCUAUUUAAGUGAUAAUCAUCAAGAAAAUGUCAAGCGUGUUCUUGGUUGGUUAAAUGAACAUCAAAUAAAUCAUUUAAAUGUAAGUGGACCACGGGAGAGCAACGCUGAAGGAAUUUAUAAUAAAGC